ACAGUCUCUGCUUUGGAUGUCAACGGGGCGCUGACAAGUGGUCGUUGGAGAGAUUUAUCCGUCCAAUAAGUGCUGCAGAGCUGUCGAUAUGUGAUGGUGGGAAGGUGACAGGACGUUGCCUUGGUAUCUGCUCUCAGACAUGCAUCGUACAAUCUGUCAAGCCAUUCAAUGUCCUAGGCACCCCAUCUCUCGUAUCAAGGACAGCAGCAAGGUCCUGUCGAAGCCCCUCUCACGCUGGUGCAGACCCUCUGUGAGGCUGUCGAAGCUGGUGACAAAGGCUUCUGAGAACACACCAACCACCGAAGAGGCAAGUGGCACAGAUGAUUAUCAGCUGCAGCAUAAUGCGAAGAGCGUGGCUCGCUCUAUGCUGGAAGGAAAGCCUCUCCUGUCAAGGGAAAGGGAAGAGGUCGAGGAAGAGGAAGCCAAGGAGAGGUUUGUGGGCAGACUGAUCGUCCUUGUGCUUGGGGCUGUGCUGCUGGGGGAGCGCAUCACAGGCAAGGGCGCAGUGCAGGCCCUGGAUCAUGCCGUGGGGGUGCCACUGUGGGAGAUCGAGCCUGUGCUGGGUGCGAUGGUGGUGGGUCUGCUCAUCGCCGCGCUGUAUCCCCGGCGGAAGCAGCUGGUUGAGGACGCGCAGAGGAGGCAGAAGGAGAUGGGCGAUUGGCUGGCUGAUGCACAAGUGUGGGUUCGACGGCUGGCUUGCGUCUCGCUGGCAUCCACCAUUGUUGUGGAAGUGGUCACUGGAAAGGGAGCUUUGGCGCUUCUGGAUAUCGAGACUGGGGUGGAGACUUUGAGCGAGAUCGAAGCAGGGGCUGCAUUCUUGAUCAUGCUUUUCCUUACUGCAGCGGAGCCUAGGAGAUCACGAGCCUGAUGUUGAAGUGGAAGAGAGAUGUACAUUACUGAUAGUGCGAGUGGCACAAAAUUUCUGUGACAGAAGCCAUGGGAUUGGAGCAGAGUUGAGAGAUGAAAACAAGGCUAACAUUGACGGCACAUUGGCCACAAUUAAGAGAGGGCAGAUUCUUUUUUUUGCCAGAGUCAAGCAAGGCUGUUGUUGCCUUUUGGAAAGUUACAGAAUCUCCGAGAUCAUUAAUACAGAAUAUGAAAUUUGUAGAGCUUGAGGGUUUAUAUUCUGAAUUUUGCGUGUAUUAGCCAUUCUUCUUUCGUACAGUCAGAUGGCUCAUGAGAAAUGGAAGACUAUCAGAUCAUGAUUC